GAUAUUCGCCAACGCCAACGCCAACGGCGGCAGCACGGCAAGGCUAAGGCCAGGCGUUUCUCUCGCUCCUCUUUCUUCCCGUCCCCGCCAGCCACCUCUUAUUACCCCCCUCUCUCUCUCUCUCCCUCCCCCUUCCCCUUCCCCUUCCCCUUAUAAACAUAAACCCUUGUCAGUGGCUGCCAUCGUCUCUGUCCAUUAAUGAUGGAGCAUCAACAUCCACCACAGCCAGGUGGUGGAAAGGGACGGGAGGCGGCGGCGGUAUGCGAGGAGUGCAGGCAGAAGCCAUCCAAGUACAAAUGCCCCGGCUGUUCCAUCCGAACCUGCAGCCUCCCAUGCGUCAAUUCUCAUAAGCAGCGCACAAGCUGCUCCGGUAAACGCGACCGCUCUCAGUUCCUUCCCCUCUCCGGCUUCAACGACUCUGUCCUCCGCUCCGACUACAAUAUGCUGGAGGAAGUGAAGAGGGUGACUGAAUCUGCUCAGAGAACAAGGGCUAAAUUGUGUCCUUUUUCUCCUUAUCGCCUGCCGAUUUUCCUUCGUCGCCUUCGGAGUGCAGCCUCAAGCAGAAGGACGAAGGUCCUCUUUCUUCCCAGUGGACUGUCAAAGAGGGAGAGAAAUCAGUCUCGAUAUAACCCGAGGAGAAAACUAAUUUCCUGGACGAUUGAAUGGCGAUUUCAUUCAACAGAUGUUGCUUUAUAUGACCAUGGAGUUUCAGAGGAUGCAAACCUUCGUUCUAUAAUUGAGAAGCAUCUCCAACCUGGGCCUUGGAAUCAUCAACUGAUCAAGUUCUGCCAUGUGCAACUUGACCAUCUCAAGUUUUUCAUUUGUAAACAUCAUAAGGGUCCAAAAUCACCUUUCCGGGAGCUGGACGUAGAGGCCCCCAUCAGGCAACAGCUAGCAAAUCUUGUUAUCUUAGAGUAUCCUGUCAUUCAUGUCUUUCUUCCGACGCAUACUUGUGAUUUUGAAAUUCAUAGAGAUGCCCAUCCUAUCACUCAGAAAAAGGAUGUUAAGGAUGUGCAUAGCAGCGAGCAUCUUCCUGCGAAAGGUGUUUGCUUUCUGGAGGAGGAAUUCGAAGAAGAUGGUCAUUUGGAAUAUGGGAUCGAAGACUUGGCGAAGCAUCAGAGAGGAAGUGCAAUGGAAAAACUGUGUCAUAAAAAGAUGGCAUCAAGUGGACCCUUGCCAGGAAGAGUCUCAAGCAGCAAUGGCAUUCCCCAACCUGUCAUUAGGGAAUAUGUAACUCAAGAAAAGAUGGAAUUUGAUUUUGAUCAAGGGUUGAUCGAUACAUAUUCAGAUUUGAUUGCACAAACGAAUCCUGAUGACUUCCUUGAUCUGGACGGUGAAUGUAGUGGAAAAGGAGAAAUCUCCCUGGCGAGCGAUGAAGUAGAAGAAGGGGAGAUUUUGGAGUGAUCGGCUGAUUAUAGCUUAUUUGGUUUUCUGUCUCAGAUAGCCCUUUUGUCCUUAAGGUGAAAAGGGACGCCACUGGUAUUGAAAAUUUAUAUAAUGUGCUGGGAUGGGAUUGCCUUGCGAGUUUUGAUGUUACAUCAAUAAAGGUAAGUACCAGUUUCUUCAAGUUUUCUGGCACAGGAAAAGAAGAGAGGUAAAAAAGGGUGCUUGGUAGGAUCUGGGAGUAUGUUAUGUUGAUUCAUUAAUGUCAUUUGAGAAGAGCUUGUACUGCGUGUUGAAUCUGUAAAUUCCGAGCCCUGAGUCAUAUACACUUGUAAGAAAGUCAGCAUCUGCUUUUGUAGCUGCAUCGGAGUGAAAUCAGAGCUCAAUGGUGACUGGCAAUGAAGAAAGAAGAGUCAUCAAAAUGAUGUUGAUAUGAACAGAGGGGUUCAGCUAAUAUGGAGAUGGAGACAUGAAUUAUUCGGUGAACCGAAUUUCUGAGCUAGCAAAAAAUCUAUAGUUUAGCAAAAAAAUCUCAAGUUGGACAAUGUAUAAAGUCCAGUUUUUGGUAGUUUUUGUUUGAAAGACCCCAUUGAAAAUACACUGCGCUCACGCGCGUGUAUAUAUAUAUAUAUAUAUACAUGUAUUGUUGCUGUUGCA